UCGGGUGUUUCCAAAAAUCGUUUAUAUCACGCCACCUAGCUCGAUAUUCUGCACCUCUCAUGAAACAUUAUAAAGAUUCAUUCUGAAGUUUUGUGUAUAGAAUAAUAGGAAUUACUUAUAUAUCUUCUGAUUUUGUACUGUCACAUUAAGUGGAAUGGAGCGAAGUAUUCAUGAAAUGUUGAAAGAUGCCCCAUCUUUAAAUGAUAGUGAUAGUGCAGUCCAUAGUGGAACUCCACCACCUCAUGUACCAAACAAUUGUACUAGUGAUAGUCAACCUAGACCAGCUACAAUUAAUUUAACUUUGGGUAGUCCUACUUCACAAGUGUCUGUAACAGUAUCUCCAAAUACUCCUAUUCAAAAUGGUGAUACGCAAACAAUGCGUACUGCUCAAAGCAAAAUUGAAAGCAUCAAAAAUUGGAGUAUCUCUACUUACAAGUGUACAAGACAAUUAAUGUAUGAGAAACUUGGGAAAACAUCUCGUACAGUAGAUUCAGAGCUUGAAACCCAGAUUGAGUUAUUAAGAGACACUCAGAAAAAAUAUUGUAAUGUUUUACGAUUAUCAAGAGCAUUAGCUUCUCAUUUUCAUCAUGUUGUUCAAACACAACAUGCUUUAGGAGAGGCAUUUUCCGAAUUAGCACAGAAAUCUCCGGAAUUACAAGAAGAGUUUCUAUACAAUUCGGAAACACAAAGAAACUUGACUAAAAAUGGUGAAACAUUACUAGGGGCCUUAAAUUUUUUCGUUUCUUCCGUAAAUACACUUUGUAAUAAAACUAUUGAAGACACAUUACUUACAGUACGACAGUAUGAAACGGCAAGAAUAGAGUAUGAUGCCUAUAGAACAGAUCUUGAAGCAUUAGCACAGGCUACAAAAUCUGAUGGUAGCAAUGCAGCAAGAUUAGAAGAGGCUCAAGUUAAUUAUGAAGAGCAUAAACAAAAUUUUGAAAAACUAAGAUCAGAUGUUUCGAUUAAACUUAAAUUCUUAGAUGAAAACAGAAUCAAGGUAAUGCAUAAACAAUUAUUACUGUUUCACAAUGCAGUAUCUGCCUAUUUUUCUGGAAAUCAAACAGCGCUGGAAGCUACAUUGAAACAGUUUAAUAUAAAGGUUAAAUCACCGAAUUCUUCUUUACCGUCGUGGCUUGAACAGUAGUUAUACUAGAAGAAAUAAAUCCAUGUGUUGAAAGGUAUGAAUAAAAAGGUACAUUCGUCCAAACGAAUUUCUCUUUGAACAACAAAGAGAAUGACAAGGUAGAAUAACUUUCAGAAAUUCUCCGAAAUGUUACAAAUCACUGCUGUUAAAUAAUUUAUCAGUUCAAAUGAUUUUUGAAACGAAAGUGGAUAAAUAACGUAAAACCAGACUGAAUUUUUUUCUAAUUUAUGCUUUAAAUAUUAGCCAGUAUCUGUAUGUGGUAUAUGCAUCAACAAAUCUUGAUUAUAUGCAACUAUUAUUGACAGUUAAAAAUAUGCCAUUUAAAGGAUUUGGUAAAGAUCUCUCUUUAUUCAGUAGCAAUGUUUACGAAACUUUAAAGGCAAUAGGUAUUUAAUUUUUAUAUCAGGCUUCUUAGAGAAGUCCGAAUGUAAAUACAUGAAAUAUGAUAUACUGAGCUUUGAAUUUUAUAGUAUGUACAAAACGGUAUUCAUUGGUUCUUUAUAUUACAUUUUGCACCAAUUUAAUAGAUAUAUCACAGUUGCUGAUAAGAGAACUACGAUGAAUUGAACAAAUUAUAAGCUUAGAUAUUUUUUGUACAUACUUUUCAUUCCAUUUCACGGGUUAAAUUUUGAUUGAGCUUUACUUGUUCACCUUUCACGAAUGAAUAAUUAUUCGUUCUUCAUUUAAACAGUUCAUUGAUCUGUUUAAUUAAAGAAGAUAUAAUUACAUGGCACACUUUUAAUACUUCCUGAAAUGUACAUUUUUUACAUUUCUGUAUCUUAUUUGUAAUGUUUAAACGUUGACGUCAUCUUCAUAUAUUUACUGAGUUUUACGUCAAAAUUAAUCGUUUUAAAAAAGUUAAAGGGAGAAUGAAUUCUUAAACCUCGUACUUAGUUGUGUUCUUAGAUUAACUUGCUUUCCUCAUGCAAUUUUUUAACAUGAGAUUUUUUACAAUUAUACUUAUUUAAUUAUGAUCUAAUCAAAUUAAUUUAUUAACUUAUCAUUAUAUAAGACAAUUACGUUUACAUUCUUAAUCAUAUAUAUUUAUGAUUUAAUUUUUACAAGUAUUUACUUUCAAGUAUUUUAAAAAACAAAGUAUACGUUUAUUGAGCUUUUUAGAAUAGAGAAGUGUGAUUUUAUUGAGCAUAAUUAUUUUUAAUCAAAAGUAUUUUAAUUUAAAUGGAAAAAGAUGUUUUAUUAUUGCAAAGCAGACAAACUUCUAGUCAUAUUUUUUAAGUGAAAAAUUUAUAUUUAUAUCUUUUUUUUUUAAACAGCAAUACAUAUUGUCUGUACCGAGACAUCACAGAUCAUUACGCUUCACAAAUAGAAAAUUCUUAAUAUAUACUGCAGGUCACCAGAGUCCAUAACUGCGAAAAGACCAGUUUUCGUUCUUCGCGCUUCUCCAGUGCGCAUCUUCGCCCUGAUUGGCGAUACUCCCAAACGAAGU